CAGGGGUUAACAGACUUCUCUCAGUGAAAUGGUCUUUUACACAUCCAUGCCACAUGCCCAUCAGUCACAAAAAUCAGAGGUUACAGUCUCCAUGGAUCCACAAAAUCAUUUCGAACGCCCUAACGCCGAUGAGCAGCAGUUGGAGAACUGCAAUCAAACUGAAUGGAUUGGCAUGGGGAGAAGCGGCACUCUCAACCCGGCUAAGCGGCAGCUUUGGAACUGGAUUUGUCUUUUAGUGGUUUCUAUGUGCCUGUUACUCCGACCAGUGUGCUGCCAAAAAUGUCGAAUCCAGCGCUGUAAUGCGGAGUACGUGGCCUCAUUCUCACCCUCCGGUGGCUUGCAAGAAGAGGUGCUUCCAGAUGGUGACUACUGCAUCGCUCUGAGGGCCUACUCGUUGUGUACGCGCCGCACAGCUCAUGGAUGUAGAGGGGACUUGGUGUACCACUCCGCUGUAUUCCGAAUUAAAGAGCUCUUUGCACAGCACAACUGCUCCAGUGAUGGUCCAACGUCGUCGGCCAAAGCACCCAGCACUUCCAAGCCGCCAGUGGUGGACGUCUGCAACUAUGAAAGCAGGGUGCUCGCCUUGGGCCCGGCGGCCCAACAGAAAAAGUACGGACAUUGUGGAUUAUUCGGUGAUCCUCACUUGCGGACUUUUCGGGAUGAGUUCCAAACAUGUAGGGUUGAAGGGGCCUGGCCACUCAUCCACAACCGAUACCUUUCGGUUCAAGUCACAAAUGUACCGGUGGUUGAAGGCUCCAGUGCUACAGCAACCAACAAGAUAACCGUCAUCUUCAAGUCCUACCAUGACUGCACCGAGCAGAAGGUGUACCAGGCCACCACCGAGGACCUGCCGUCAGCGUUCCAGGACGGCACACGCAGCGGUGGGAAAGGAGAGAGCCUGUGGAUCGUGGAGGGUAGUGGAGGUCUAGGUAUACGGCAAGUGAAGAUCCACGCUCGCUACCUAGGCACGUCCAUCAUCGUGCGACAAGUCGGUCGCUACCUGACGUUUGCCAUCCGCAUGCCUGAGGACUUGGCAGAGGAGAAUGGGGGCCUGCAGCUGUGUCUGCACGGCUGCCCGCGCAGUGAGGUCAUCAAAGCCCACGUGCUCAACCGGCAGCAGAGCCUGCGUCCGCCGCGACUAGGCGGAUGGUACGGGGAGGACGACGGCGGCGAGCUGCAGCCAGGCCUCUCGCCACAUGUGGACAUGUUGGAACGUGCGACCACAAAGUGUCGAGAGAUGCUGCAGGUGGAGGACGUUUAUUUCCAGUCGUGCGUGUUCGAUCUUCUCACGACAGGAGAUCCGGAGUUCUCCAUGGCUGCGUAUGGAGCCCUGGAGGACCUUAAGGCACUUCCGCCAAGCACUCUGAAACAAAGUUCACCCAGGACUCCACACACUUAUAGUAGAGGAACAAUAGUUAUACCUUCUGUUUUCACAGCUCUGGUUCUUAUGCUGCUGUUGAACUGAAGGAGCUGGUCUAGACGCCAGCUUGAGGAUGAAUACCCACCAGCCAGACUGUUCUUCAACCAUGAAACCCUCCUGGAAAAACAAUCAAACUGUCUGCAAGUGAGAGACGGAUCCAAACGGACUCAUUUCCAUUGAAACAUGUAGUGUUUUACUCUAAAAAAA